AUGUCAAAGGUGCAGUGUCUCCGCGGCCUGGAGCCCCGGGACCUGACCCCCCGCAGGAGCCCUCUCCCCGUGAAGCGCUCCGUGUGUAGAAACCUCUUCGGUUUCGUGGAUCAUGAGGCGCUGCAGAAGGACAUGACGCAGAGGCUGCGGGAGAUCUGCGCCCGGGACCGGGACCGGUGGAACUUUAACUUCGAGCUCAGCUCGCCUCAGGACGGAGUCUAUGAGUGGAGACGGGUCUCUGCGCACGACUUACCGGAGUUCUACCGGGACUCUGUCCACAGCGGCAGGACGCGAGUCCCCGCGGGACCGAGGAGCCCCGUGUCUCAGACCCCCGUGUCUCUGUCUCCCGUGUCUCAGACCCCAGUGUGUCUGUCCCCCGUGUCUCAGACCCCCGUGUCUCGCAGACGGACGCACGCGCCUCGGACAGCGGGAGAGAACCAACGCGUCACCGAAAGUCGUGGACAGAACAGAUGUGAAGUCUGCCAUCCGCCCAGAGCACACGGAGAAAACCCCGAGGAAGAAGCUCCGAUGAAGGUUCGUUUGUUCUACUUUCUGCUGAACAUGUGGAACCUCCUGCAGCGACCUGUGAAAGGAGCAGGAGGACCUGAGGAGCUGAAGGACCAGGAGGAGCAGGUUUCUCUGAAGCUGCAGCUUUUUGGACUCUUCUUGUCGGAGCAGAGCGUGUGGUGGAACCCGAAGCUUUCCAUCAUCGCGGUCAUAAAAGUCAGGGAGGAGCAGAAGGAGGAGCAGAGGGAGGAGCAGAGCAGGCGGCGUGUUCAGGGCUGGCUUCACCACUUUGAGAUCACUGACUUGGACUAA